AUGUCAACGAAAAAUACUAAGAAAAAAACUGGAAAAAAUGCAAAGAAAAAAAUGAAAGUUUCCCAUAAUAGUCCAGAAAAAAAAGAUGAAGCUUCUCAAAAAACUGGAAAUAUAUUAUCUCAAAUUUUAUCAGCUGAUGAUGUAUCAUCACAAGAUACAGGAAAUGUUGAUGAUAAUGCUUCAGCUUCAACAUCUUAUACUGAAACUCGUACUGGCCCUGAUUACGAUAAUAUUUUAACUUCAACACCCCAUACCGAAGGACCGUUUGUGUUGGUUGUUCCAGAUGAAAUUCUCAAGUCUUCAAUAUCCAAUAAUCCUACAAAAAGUAUCAAAAGUGGCAAGCUAAAAAAAAAUUGGGGUAGAUCAUUAACACCCAUUAUUGCACCCACACCUAUCAGAGCUUCUACACUUAUCACACCUAUGCAAAUUGAUGACGAAUAUUGUAACUUCGAAGAACGUGACGAACAUUCUCAAACGAUGCAGAGACUUGUGGUGGUCGACGAGCUUUCAGAUGAAUUUUGGAACCGCGCAUAUAAAAAGGUGUCCAAAGAACUUAUUCUGAAGAUCCUAUUUCCCUCAGAUACAGAGUACCGUGAAGCUUUAGAGAAAUACCUUGCUGAACAUACCAGUCAUUAUAUUGAAAAUCUCGGAAUAAAUACGUGGAUUUCCCUAUUCGAAUCAAAGUUAUUACCAGAAAUAGAAAACAAAUGCCGAAGCAAGCAAAAUGAUUUAGCGGCAAAUAUUCAAAAUACUAUGUUUUCUAACUUCGGUGAGCAGAAGUUAGAACGUGUAGAUAGCAGUGCGUCCUCUAAAAAGAUUGCCGAAUGGAAAAAAAGUGCAAAAAUCAGUGAGCUUCCUCCAGAACACUGGGUUUAUGUACUCACCAUCUGCGAUAUUGUCUUAAAUCCCAGUAGCCCUGGGAUUAAAUGCAACGACAAGUUAGUUUUAAAGAGAGUUGAUUUUCUUAUGCAAUCGAUCAAAAAUAAAGUUACUGUAACUCCGCGCUUGUUGCAGGAGUUAGCGGCGAAAGAAGAUUCAGAACAAAGUCCAGAGAUUUCAUCUAUGAUCGAAGAAUUGAGCGAUGCUGAUGAUGGUAAUAGUAGUAGUUACGAAGAAUUACUCAAGAGUUUAGAUUCGAAAUUCUCUUAACAUUCGUCAAAUUUUUUCAUAUUACAUUAAUUUUCAGAAUUUGGAAAUUUGUAUUUGAAAUUCUUCAAUUUUUUUGAAUAUAUUUUAUUAAAUAAAUUACAUAUUAAAUAAAUUACUAUAUAUAAAAUUGUUUGUAAUAAUUGUGAUGAUCAGUGAAAUUAAAUAUAUUUGAAUUAUUUCGAAUAUUUAUUUUUUAAAAAUCUUCGCAGAAUUUCGUUAUUUGUUUUUUUAUAAUCUUCGCAGAAUUUCAUUAUUUAUUUUUUAAAAAUUUUCGCAGAAUUUUGUUUCUUGAAAUUCUGCGCAGUUUUUGAUAAAUUUUUUUUUCCAAAGACUGCCGACAGGGUCGCAGAUCUGCGCAAAAAUGUUACCUGC